UUCGCUUCCUGCUCGCUCCCCAAGGCGCCAACCUUGAAUAUACACGUCUAGUGGACUGCACAACGACACAUAUACGAAUUGAAACAUUUAAUAAACGUCCGAAAUCUGUGAACCGUGUUUCACUAUCGAGUUAAUUUUAGAAUCGUGUUAUAAUAUUUUUCUUUUAUUUUAAAACGAAUUUAAUAAAAUGGGUGUGAGUGACGUGAACGAAACGCAAUCUGCGGCCAAACCCGAGAGUUCUUUCGGAAUGCGGCACCUGAUAGUGUUCCUGCUGUUCUUGGCCACAACGGUGUCGUAUGCGACGCGCGUCAGCAUGAGCGUCGCCAUCGUUGCUAUGACUACCGAAAACGAUUACGGACAUCCUGUGUUUAAAUGGGAAAGAAGCGUUCAGGACACGAUCCUGUCGUCGUUCUUCUGGGGUUACAUCUUGCUGCAGAUCCCCGCGGGGCUGCUCACCGGCCGCUUUGGGGGGAAGGUCUUCAUCACCGCUGCCAUGCUUGUCACCGGACUCGUCAACUUGGUCACGCCCUUCGCCGCUACUAAAGGUGACUGGAUGGCGGUAUGCGCGUGUCGCAUCCUAAUGGGGCUGUCGCAGGGGCUGCUGUACCCCAGCCUGCACGGUCUGCUGGGACAGUGGGCGCCCGCCGCCGAGCGCAGCCGCAUGGGGACAUUCGUCUAUGCUGGUGCUCAACUAGGUACAAUAAUAGAGAUGAUGUUGGCGGGCGUGCUGUCAGCGGGUCCGUGGGGUUGGCCCGCCGUGUUCUACGUGGCGGGCGCGUCCUGCUUGGCGCUGGCCGCCGUUUGGAUGCUCCUCGGUGCCUCCACGCCGAGCACUCAUCGGUGGAUAUCCAAAAACGAGAGGAAAUACAUCGAGACCAGCGUCGGGUCCGCCGACAUCAGUGAACAGAAAAAAAUGUCAACUCCGUGGAAGGGCAUUUGGACGUCGCUGCCGUUUUGGGCGAUCCUGCUGGCUCACAGCGGCCAGAGCCUGGGUUUCUGGACCCUACUCACUGAGAUACCCUCAUAUAUGAGCAAAGUCCUCGGCGUCAAUAUCAAAAGUAACGGUCUCCUGUCUGCGCUGCCGUACGUGGCGAUGUACAUACUCAGCUUUGUGUUCAGCUGGACCUCGGACUUCCUCGUUAACAGGAAUAUCAUCAGCCUGCCCACCGCCAGGAAGCUCUUUAAUACAAUCGCAUUCUGGGGUCCGGCAGCCGCACUGCUGGGUCUGUCCUACAUCCCAGCGGGUCAUUUGACACUCGCGGUGGUCAUAUUGACCCUUACAGUUGGUCUCAACGGCGCGCACUAUGUCGGUUUCCUGAUCUCGCACAUCGACUUGUCGCCAAACUUCGCCAGUACGCUGAUGGGUAUCACCAACGGCUGCGGGAACAUCUUCUCCAUCAUGGCCCCCCUCAGCGUUUCCCUCGUUGUCAAAGAUGAAUCGAGUGCGUCAGAGUGGAGGAACGUGUUCUUGAUCUCGAUCGCUUUCUACUUCCUGAGCAAUCUGUUCUUCAUCCUGUUCAUGUCAGGCAAGGUCCAGGACUGGAAUGAACCUCAGCCUGCUAAGACCUUAGAGGAUGGCGUAAAAGAAGUUGAAGAAGUCGACAGCAGUAAUAAAAGUAAAACCAUAGUUGAGAAAUUUUGAUAAACGUAAUGUAAUGUAGAUUAAUAACUAGUCAUAAAUAGAUUUUACAUUGUAAAUUAUAUUCCAGACAAAUAAAUAUUAUUACAUUAGAGUAAUAAAUUUACAGAUGCCAUUAAAAAUUCAAAGAGCCAUACUAUAUAUGAAUUGACAAUUAAAAUAGAUGUAAAUGAUACAGGGAACAUUUUGUAUAUAGUUGUAAAAGCUACAUUGCUCAAUUUUAAAAUACUUGCAUUUUAGUUGCUGUAAAAUUGUAAGCAAAUAUAUUCAAUAAUUUAUUGUACUUCAGUUUGUACGGACCUCUACUUACAUAAGGACUUAUAGAUUUAAAUGGAAAGGGAGCAAAAAAAAUAUUUAUUAUACUAACGUAUUGUGAUCUCACAAGUUAUUAUUUUUUAUUUACAAA